UCAUGGAACAAGAAGACUCUUGCCGACCCGUUCCCGCUCCACGUCGCCUCUAUCCCGAGUUGCGCAAACUUGACUAUGAAAAUGUUACCGUUGAAUUGAUUAACAAAAAUCUCAACAUAAACUCAGAAAACAUACACACCAUCACCAAUUGCACUGAGAAAGUGCCGAAUAAUAAAAUAUUUUUCGGCUCACUUUCCGAUCAGGAGGACACAAGCAGCGCGCGCAAAUCCAUACUCACCGAAACAAAUGAUCUGUACGGCCCCAAUGCAAAUGAAGCGGUCGUUUCGUCAGCGCCCAUCUAUUCAACACCAACACCAGCGCCACGCCCACGUAAACCACAAAAUACAGAUAUAGAAAAUGCGAACAACAUCUACGAAAAUACAGAAGUGUUGAGUCGCCCAAAGUCACAAACAACUACAACACAAACACUUUACCCCGAGCUACCGCGCAAUACAGGCGCCAUCAGCAAGGAAACCUCACCCAACACAUCGACGUCCUCAUCACCAUUGAAUAGUCGUGCAGCGUUGCGCAAGGCGCCCGAAUUGCCACCAAAGUCAUAUCUCAGUGUGGAACGUGAACGUAGUCAACGCGCGCAGCGCUAUUCCAUCGGCAGUGAAGUGUCCACCACGAGCAGUUAUAAUGUGACGAUCGCUAGUGGUGGUGGUGGCAGUGGUGGUGGCGUUGGUGGUGGCGGCGGCUUGAAUGAGCGCACAUUUGGCAACAGCUAUACACAAAAAUCAGCCUCGAAUGCAACACUCAAUUCGUCGGUGGAAGAUUCAAAUGACAGCAGCGAUAAUGCGAAAUUCAAAUCACCUUCGCCAGGGUAUGUAGGGGAUGCGGGGAGCAAUUGCAAUUUGAACAGCUACGCAUUGAAUGAUGGUAGUGAUGUUAGUGUUCGUGAUGGUGAAAAUGAUGUUGAUAUGCAAUUUGAAAGUGACGAUAGUAGCCGCCGCAACAAUGCCUACGACAACAACAAAAAGUUCACUUGCAUUGCUGCCAGCAACCAAACGAACGAAAAAUGCGCAUUCACUGUAAUCACCAAUGCCCCUGCAACUGCAUUUGCGUGCAAUCAAACUGAAGACAACGAGCUCUUGAAGUCGAUCGGUUCCACUUCCAAGCUUCUCACCGAAUCCAUAGGCGAGCGUGUGGCACUCAAAGCCAAAGGCGUGAAAAAUAAAUUUGAUAAGAACUUUAGCAAUAUUAGCACUGAAACAGCAAAUCGUUUACGCAGUGUCGGAAAAAAUUUCAAUGCCAAUUUUACGCUGACCAAAAAAGACAAAGAAAAGCAAAGAGCCGAAACCACAGCACAGUUUCACACUGACCGCCCGCAAACAUUGCCGCCCAACGAUCAAGUCUUCGGUUCGAUAUCAUUCACCAGCCCGUUGAAUCGUAAAGCAGACGCUGUCGAAGAUCUUUCCGCCAGCACCGCCGAUUGCUCAUAUGAUUUGCCGCGUAACUUGAAAUUAGCGCGCAGCGAUUUGGAUUUACCUUCACCGCCAUCGUACGAGGACGCUUUGAGAGACGCCCCGUCGCAACCGUCAUUCACGCGUAACGCACCCAUGAGUAAAUCGCUCAUGGUGCCUAAGCACAUUGCCGCUGAAGCGGCUAAUGUGGCGCUGAAGAAGCAACGCAGCAAUGCGAACUUGCAAAAUGUGGCCGAGAAGGAAAUGCAUGCUACGAGUAAUAGCUCAGAUGCAGUUUCACGCGAAUCAGUAGACUUGCCCUCGCCACCCAUGCCAUCUUUUCCACCACCUGUUCUCCCCAAAGAAGUUGUGGCGGACAUAUCUCAUGGACUUUAUGGCAAACUCAAGCCAAUACAGCCGCCACAGAGGUUGAAGCGACGCAAGAACUAUGAAGAAAUACAAUUGCGACGUGUGGGUGACAGUCCGUCGCCUGUGGGUGGCGCUUCGCUGCGUCCGAAUGUUGACUCUGCUGAGCUACACCAACUAAAUAUGGAAGUAGCUGCGACGGAGCGCGAGGAAUCUUUGCUACUGCAUAAACAGAUACUUGAGGCGGAGAAGCGAGCGCCAAAACCGGACCGCAGUGAGUCGUGGGAGUACUUUGCGGAUAGUGUGGAGGAGAGCGUGUGCUCAACACCGGAACCUGUGUAUGCAAAUGAGGAAGCAACUUAUGGUAGGGUUUUCGAAAUGGCUACCAGUAACAAACAGGCUUCUUCGCAGGAUCAAACUAACGCUUUUAGUUCCAUAAAAGCAAGUGAGGUUACAGAGGGCGCAGUUGGUGGCUGUGUGAAACCGCCUGUAGAAGUUAUCAAAGAAUUUGAUCCACUUUUGAGUCGCAAAGCCGCAACUAUCUGCAAUUCGGACAAGAGCAAUCAGCUGCUGCUAUUAGAACAUCUGCUAGAGGAGGAUAUCUAUGGCACAGUUUCAGGAGACCAAGUCAAAUCGGAUGAUGAUGUCAGCAUGUGCACAUCAGAGGAAGAUAAUCAGACUGCCGCUACCGGCACUACAACGGCCAUAGUCUCGGAAGAGCCCAAACCAACAACUGUAGUUUUACCCACACCGAAUACAAAGCCCAGCAAUAGCACGGCUCAAGCAGCUACUCAGCUAAGAAUUGUACAUCAAAAUGCGCAGCUACUGUCGGAGAGUAUGGAAAACAUGCUGGAUGAUGAUGAAGAGCGCGUGCGUCCGUACUUGAGUCGAAUCGAUGAUCAACCCGCCGCCAGUGGUAGCAAUAUUGAUUUGGCGCGCGCCUCCGCAAAUCGUACUCACUGGUUUGUGCAAGACAAUAAAGAAAACAAUGAGCAGCAGCGUCAAAAUCCCUUCAAUAAACUGAACAUUGAAGGUGACGGACCACCAUCCUACUUGGAGGCUAUUGGCGCCGACGGUCGCCCACCACUCACACCUAACGAACAAAAAUCGCGCGCUUCACGUUUCAUGAACAGCGUAAAUGUAUUCUCUACGAGCGUCAAACAACGCGUUGGUGCCAUCACGCGCAAGAACAGCUUCAAAAUAGCCGCGAAAUCCGAUUUGAAGGUGACACUUCAAAUGGUGCCGCGCCCAACACUUUCGCCUUUGCUCGUGCGCUACGAAGGACCACUGAUACGUUUUCCUUCGGGUGUUGUGGAAGACAUACUCAAGGAAAUGCAAAAUCGUAAAGCCAUUUUGCGCGAUCGUCAAUUCCAAACAUUCCUCGAUCAGGAGAUGAAAACGCCCAAGGAAAACAUUCCACUCGAUUACAUUACGACGUUGCAAUGUGUGAGUAAUAAUCGCGUAACAGAUAACUCGACACAUUUCUAUUGCUUCGAGAUAACCUCAUCGGUGCCGAAGAACCAAUCAAGCUCGAGCAAUGUGCAGGCUAUGUCGAAUCCUAAUCUCGUUAUGACGAGUACUGCGUCGGGCAAUUGCAAGCAUCAGCGUGUGGCACACUUGUAUGGUGUGAGCAAGGAAUCGGAGAGAGGUGUCUGGAUGCAAAAGAUUUUGGAGAGUCUGACCAAUACUAUACCACCGAAAUAUGCCUGUCAUUACUAUCGCGCCGGUUGGUGCUACCUGAAGAAUUCAAUAACCUCUGAAUGGAGCGGCACUUGGUUGGUGCUGAAGAAGAAUCAAAGACGUUUAAUAUUUGUCAGUGAAGCGGCUGGUAAUGUAGAGAAAAUGGAUCUGCGCAAAGCGCGCUGCUUAGUGCUCAAAGACAGCGAUGAAACGAUACGCAAUUUACACGUGGAGUCUGGUCCUAGCCUUAUGAUUGACUGCCCGCCAUUUACGGUUUAUAUGAUUAUGUCUUCACCGCGUGAAACCAAAAUUUGGCGCCAUAUCAUACGCGAAGUGGCGCACAACAACGGCUUCUCACUGAUCGAUCAGCAAUUGACCAAGUUCAAUGUACCCGUUAUUGUGGAUAAGUGCAUAAAUUUCGUCUAUAUUCAUGGAUCCAUGUCGGAGGGUAUAUACCGCAAAUCGGGCUCCGAAAAUUCCAUUCUAAAACUUUUAUCCGCCUUUCGCGCCGACGCCUUCAAUGUCGAGAUCACACGAAACGAAUAUAACGAACACGAUGUGGCGAAUGCUUUGAAGCGUUUUAUGCGCGAUCUGCCCGAACGUUUGAUGGGCAAACUUUCCGAGAGUUUUAUGUGUGUGACUGAACUUACGAAAUCGGCUGAGAAGAUUCAGGCCUAUAAAGAAUUGCUAGCUCGUUUGAGCGUAAUCGAGCGGGAGACCCUAAAGAAGAUCGUGGGACAUUUGGCAUUUAUAAGCUCGCAAAAGACAAAGAACAAGAUGAGCACGAAAAAUUUGACAAUGAUCUGGGGCCCAACGCUGCUGCAAAAUCAUCAUCAGCAGGAAGAAAUGGUUUACUCACAAAAGGAGGCGGAUGUCUUAGCUGACUUAAUAACGCUCUACAAAAAUCUAUUUCCCUUGUCGCCAGAGGAAGUGAAAAAAGAGCAAGAAAUGCUGAUGUGCCUGCAAAAGUACUACGCGGCCGCUGAAACGCUGACAGAUUCGGUGAAAAAGUCGGGCGAUCUGAAAAUGUGGGUUGUGCUCAACCCCAGGCCGGAGAACACCAAUGAGGAAAAAACUCAGGUGAAUAUAACCAUCAAUCCGACCCGCACUGCUUACGACAUCUGCCGCGAGCUAGCGCCCAAAAUGCAAUUGUCAACCCACCAAGUUUCACUGCACGAAGUCAUACUGAACGACAGUUUAGAGCGUCCACUGCAUCACGACUUAAAAGUAUUUGACGUUGUGCUCAACUGGUCCUAUUGGCCAGAAGAUGAUCGGAAAAAUAAUUAUCUCGUUGUGAAACCGAUCGACACUUUGCGUGAAGUGCAGCGCGCAGUCAAGAAUUUGGCAACAGUGACACCUGGCAAGGAGCUAAAAUUCGCUGAUAAUCGCACGAAAUCCUUCAAAUCCUUUUUGUGUGAAUUGCGUGAUGGUAAAAUUGUGAUAUCGAAAAAGGAUAAAAAUGACAAAACGACCAUCGUACGUGAGAUCUUCCUGCACAGCACCACCGCGUACUUGGGUUGUGAAAAGAAGCGCGACUUUCCAUGGAGCUGGGCAAUUACAUUUGUGGAGCGCACACAAACGCAGAUACUGAGAUCCCGCGACUCACCCUUCAUUGGACACGUGUUAGCUGGUAGCGAAUGGGUCGAUCGUACGAUAUGGUAUUCCAGCAUUUGGUAUAGUUUGUAUGGCGAUAGUAUACUGCCACCAGCGGAAAUAAUCAUGAAGUGAUGAAGGCAAUGCAAUUAGGCGGACUUUUGACAAAAAUCACUUUUUUGACUUUGCCUGUCUUUGCUUUUGGCUUAGUAAAUCUUGAACGUGCAUUAACGAAUCCAAUAUUGAGAGCGCAACUUGAAAAUUUCGUUGUAAAUUUGUGCCAAAUACGCGUAUUUCAUAUAGACGUUACUUUUUACUUUAUAACAUUUAACGAAAACUUUUAACAAGCAUUUCAUGGUGUUGAAAAUGCCUAUUUGCGUGC